UGGUACUUGCUUGGAUCCUAUCAUUCAUUCGACGAGAAAGAAAUAAUAUUAAUUUUGACGAUUUCCGAAUAUUUACUCCGCGGCCGGCUUUAUCUCCACCUUUUGCGGGUUAUUAGGUACCUUUAGGUAUUCGCCGGGCACGAGAACUCAAGCGUUGAGCGUUUUUGGGGAAUUACUGGCUUCGAGGCGCACUCUUUAGGCAGACCCUAGCAAAUCUCGACCUGGACCUAGAACUAGGGCCCCUGUCUCCCCUUGGUCCCCCUCCCGCUUUCGUUCGGCUUGACCAGCAUACACACCACACCCCCCCACCACCUGGGCACUACCAUCUCGACGCAGGUACCUAAACUCGACAUAAGAUACAAAUGUCAUCUCUACCCCCCAACCCCCAGGGAGACCUCAUGAGAGCAUCAACCGUCAACAUGGCCGUUGCACAACCGACCAAGUCGAAGGCUCCUUCGAAGCAAAACAACAAUGCCAACCCUAAAGCUAAGACACAGAUGCACCGCCGCUCAAGAACAGGCUGCUACACCUGCAGAUUACGACGGAAGAAGUGCGAUGAGGGUACUCCUAUGUGCUCAGCAUGCAAGCACCUCGGUCUUACAUGCGAAUAUAAGCGGCCGAUGUGGUGGAGCAACAACGACCAUAGGCGACAGCACAAGGACGACAUUAAGGUGAUCAUCAAGCGAAAGAAGCUCAGCGAGAAGAACUCCCACACCAUCCAGACCUCAGUUAGCUCGCCGCCUGGCUUGUCUCACUCGCUUCCUACAUCCGCAACCUUCUCGGAUCCUCUAGAUCGAACAAGGUCGGCGUCAAUCGACUCGCAAUUCGCCUUCAACUUCAACAGCCCGCCUAAUGUGCAGGAUUAUGGGGCAUACAACCCACACAUCCUCCCGUCGCAUUCCGACUUCAUGUUCAACAUGUCUCCCUAUGAGAUUGACGUCAAGACCGAGCGACAAAUGUUUGUUAAUGACGUCCCUACUCUAAGGGAAUCAACGGUGUCCACUUUCAGCACGUUCCACACGCCACCGCCGCCAGGAACCGUCCUCCCGUCCUACCCCUUGGACGGCGAGUGGACGGAGCAAGUUUUCCAGGAACGCCGCGAGUCACUAGCUGAGGAGACUUUGAACUACAACUUCUUCGACUUCUCUCACGGACUACCUACCAACACUACGCAAGUUGAUAUUGAGUUGGAUGAGAACGACCAGCGACUUCUAGAGCAUUUCAUUCAAUUUGUCUUGCCAACCAUUUUCCCAAUCCUGGAGACUAACCAACAUGGCUCCGUCGGCUCUGACCUCGUCCUGCCUAACUUGCAGAACAACAAGGCUUACCUCCACUGCUGUCUCAUGAUUGCAGCUCAACACUACAAGGCAACCAUGAACGUCCACGGAGACGAAAUUGACAACGACAUCAUGCGACACCGACACGCUACUAUCGUCGCUCUUUGCGAGGCCCUGAACAAUGAUGAGAACCACCACCAGAUCCUCGAGGCAACUUUGGGUCUCAUCUUCUUCCAGUCCUGCGUUGGCCGAUAUGAUGAUUCGCUCCCCGACAUUCCGUGGCACCAGCACUUCCAGGCUGUGAACUCUCUCGUUGCAAAGUUGGAGUUGCCCCGUCUGGUUUCCGACGCUAACGAGCAGCUCACCCAAACGCCAUUUAACAUGACGUUGACCGCGUGGAUCGAUAUCCUUGGAGCAACUAUGCAAGGGAGGGCCCCAGUUUUUGCGCACACUUACCGCGAGAAGCACUUAUCUACCACUAACCCGUUCCUUGGACUUCGCGAGCUCAUGGGCUGCGAUGACCACAUCAUGUACCUCAUUUCCGAGAUCGCUUGUCUCGAGGCGCUGAAGAAGGAAGGAAUGGAUGACAUUACACUUUGCCAGCAUGUGCACGCUCUUGGCGACCAGAUUGGGUUGACUGAAACCCAUGACAGCACACCCAAAAUGCCAUUCAACGCCAAUGGCUCUCUUAGCCCGAAACAACUCAGCAAGAACAUCACAAGCGCCUUCCGAUUGGCAGCUCGUAUUUACCUGUGCAGUCUAGUUCCCGGUUUCUCCCCCAGCCAGGCGAGCUGUGUUGGCCUGGUUGAGAAGCUCACUACCGUGCUACAUCUUAUUCCGUCUGGUCCCGGCGGCUUCGACCGAAGCCUCUCCUGGGUUUACCUCAUUAGUGGAUCCGUCAGCGGAAUGAAUUCUAGCUUUAGGCAUUUCUUCAACGACCGCAUCGCCCAGCUAGGCGAUGCCGCUAACUACGGCAGCUUUGGUGGCGUGGUAACACUGCUACACGAGGUCUGGCAACAGGCCGACAACAGCCAGCCGAGUCCUAGUGCGAACGGGUCCACAGAAGCGCCCUACGUCUCCUGGAGAGACGUUAUGCAGAUGAGGGGAUUGGAUUACUUGCUGAUCUAAAUUGAUCGCAUCCCUCAGAGCCGGUCUCGAGGAGAGCAGUCCCCUCUCCUCAUCUGCGGGUAGCCUUCUUGGGGGGGCGAUGCAGGAAAUUGCCAACUCCCCCCUUCGCACUGAGACUACGGUUGGCUAACAACAAUUUUUUUUCUUUUACUUUAUUACUAU